AUGGACGCACUCAGCAAGGCAGUCUUAUCAUCUCAGACUGAUUCGCUCAUAGUGAAGCCGUACCCCAUUCACCGCAGGCAUCUGUGCCGUUUCUCCCAUUCUUCAACCCUUCAGGGCGACACAUGCUGGUCCAUCAGCGCGCAGCUGGGCCUCACAAGCAGCAACCUCACUGCUCUCAAUCCCGGCCUCAACUGCUCUGAGCCCAUCAAGGCGGGCCGCUCUCUGUGCGUCGAGCGCAACACAACCUUCGCUUUCACCAUCCCUCAGUGCUCGCGAUACGGCGUGCUCACACCACAGGACACCUGCGAGCGCCUGCUGCGGCAGGUGGCAGCGAGUGACGGCGACCCCUCAGGGGCUGGGAAGAUGAAUGCCGUGCGUUGGGCUGAGCUGUACCGCAACAAUCCCGGCCUCAUCUGCUCGGAUGUCAUCCCGAGCACCGCCUCUGCUGUUGGCAGCAACAUCGGCGUGCAGGUGAGUGGAGGAAGGGAGAAUGGACUAAGAAGGAGGGUGGCCAAGAGAUGGGAGGAAAAGGUGGAGGGGAAACUGAUGUUCAAUGGCUGA